AUGGCGAUCCAGAUCACUGCUUCCGACCAGUUCCAGCACAUCCUUCGUAUCCUCAACACCAACGUUGAUGGACGCGAGAAGAUCACGGUCGCCUUGACCGCCAUCAGGGGUAUCGGACGCCGUAUGGCCACCGUGGUCUGCAAGGUUGCAGGCAUCGACGUGACCAAGAGGGCUGGCGAGCUCACGAACGAUGAGAUCAACAAGGUGGUGACCAUCAUCGGCUCCCCUGCGGACGUCAUGAUCCCCGCCUGGUUCCUCAACAGGCAGAAGGACUACAAGGAGGGAAAGAACAUGCACAACACCGCGAACAUGCUCGACACCUGCCUUCGUGAUGACCUCGAGCGCAUGAAGAAGAUGCGUCUCCACAGGGGUCUCAGGCACUACUGGGGACUUAGGACCCGUGGUCAGCACACCAAGACCACCGGCCGUCACGGCAGGACCGUGGGUGUCGCAAAGAAGAAGUGA